AGUGCCGCCCGCCCGAGCGCCGGGCUCGCGGGAGCCGGGCUUUCACUUCCUCUGCCUCCGCCCGCCUCCCCGGUUCGCCGGCUGGCGUCGCCACAGCCUCCUCGUCCCCGGCCACCGCUGUCGCCGCUGCUGCAAUCCAGGACGCGCACUCUCCCACUUUCCCGCGGGAGGCGCGGAGGAUGCCCCUUGCACCAGACCCGGAGAGAUAGCCCCCGGGCCCGGCUGGAGGAGCCCGGCGGCGAGAAAGGGCAUCCAGGCUCCGCUUCCCUUGAAGCCACCGCAGCGGCUGGCAGCUGGGAAGGCGCCCACAGAGCGGGGCGCCGAGCGGGACGCGGGAGUCGCAGCAAGGGACCCCGGGUGCCUGCCGAGCUCCGCCGGCAGAGUUUGCAAGUGGCUGAGACCCCUCAGGUGGCCGCCCCGAGCCCUGAUGCGUGACAGUGUGGAGUCCCACCAGCUUCUGUUCCCAUGAGGCAGGCACGCCGAGCUUGGUCCCCAGCUGGGAAAGAGGCCAGAAACAGGACCUCAGUGGAAUGAUCUAGCUCUAACAGGCCGGAGGAGCCAAGAACGGGUGAGACACGUGAAUUGCAGUUGCUGGCAACCCUCAGAAUUCUUCUCCAAUUGCUGUUUUCAAAGUUCCUUGAGAACUCUCUGAAGUGAAGAGCAAGAUGUAGGAAAAUGGGACCAACUUGUGGGUGUCCUGAGCCUCGAAACCCCUUUUUUGGCCCAAAGAAGCUCACCUUAACUUUGGGAGGGCCGGUAAGCGCUGUCCUUUUUUCUCUUGGCCUCAGCCAAGUGCUGGACUUGCGGGACUCUGGCCUUAGCAGUCACCUCUGCAGAAGGAAUAAGACUGAGGACCCCCAGGGGUUCCAUCCCUAAGGGCAGCUUGGGAAACCAAGCCCCCUCCGUCCCCUCCUGAGCCCCCCAGCCAAGCCCCAGCGAGCCAGUCCGGAAUGAUCCCGCUAUGGCCAAGCUCUGGUUCAAAUUCCAGCGGUAUUUCCGCCGGAAACCUGUGCGCUUCUUUACCUUCCUGGCACUCUACCUGACAGCCGGGAGCCUCGUCUUCCUGCACUCUGGCUUCGUGGGCCAGCCUGCCGUCUCCCAGAAUCAGGCCAACCCCGCCGCAGGGGGCCCAGCCGAGGGCGCCGAGCUGCCCUUACUGGGCGACUUGCAUCUGGGCAGAGGCUUCCGGGACGCAGGCGAAGCCUCAAGCAUCGCCCGCAGGUACGGACCCUGGUUCAAGGGCAAGGAUGGCAACGACAGAGCCAAGCUGGGCGACUACGGUGGAGCCUGGAGCCGCGCCCUCAAGGGAAGGGUCGUCCGGGAGAAGGAGGAAGAACGAGCCAAGUACAUCGGCUGCUACCUGGAUGACACCCAGAGCCGAGCCCUCCGAGGAGUGUCCUUUUUCGACUACAAAAAGAUGACCAUCUUCCGUUGCCAGGACAACUGUGCUGAACGGGGCUACCUGUACGCGGGGCUGGAGUUUGGCGCUGAGUGCUACUGUGGCCACAAGAUCCAGGCGACAAACGUGAGCGAGGCCGAGUGCGACAUGGAGUGCAAGGGCGAGCGGGGCAGCGUGUGCGGCGGCGCCAACCGCCUCUCCGUCUACCGGCUGCAGCUGGCGCAGGAGUCGGCCCGCAGGUAUGGAAGCGCGGUGUUUCGAGGCUGCUUCCGCCGGCCCGACAACCUCUCGCUGGCCUUGCCCGUGUCGGCCGCCAUGUUGAACAUGUCCGUGGACAAGUGCGUGGACCUCUGUACAGAGAAGGAGUACCCGCUGGCGGCUCUCGCGGGCACCGCCUGCCACUGUGGGUUCCCCACCACCCGAUUCCCCCUCCACGACAGAGAGGACGAACAGCUCUGUGCCCAGAAGUGCAGCGCGGAGGAGUUUGAGAGCUGCGGGACUCCUAGUUACUUCAUCGUGUACCAGACGCAGGUGCAAGACAACCGCUGCAUGGACAGAAAGUUCCUGCCGGCCAAGUCCAGUCAGCUCAUUGCUCUGGCCAGCUUCCCGGGGGCCGGCAACACGUGGGCUCGUCACCUCAUCGAGCUGGCCACUGGCUUCUACACUGGCAGCUACUACUUCGACGGCUCCCUCUACAACAAGGGGUUCAAAGGCGAGCGGGACCACUGGAGCAGCAGGCGCACCAUCUGCAUCAAGACGCACGAAAGUGGCCAGAAGGAGAUCGAGGCCUUUGAUGCCGCCAUCCUGCUCAUCCGCAACCCCUACAAGGCCCUCAUGGCGGAGUUCAACCGCAAGUAUGGCGGCCACAUCGGCUUUGCGGCUCACGCCCACUGGAAGGGCAAAGAGUGGCCAGAGUUCGUGAAGAACUACGCCCCGUGGUGGGCCACUCACACGCUGGACUGGCUCAGGUUCGGCAAGAAGGUGCUGGUGGUGCACUUCGAGGACCUGAAGCAGGACCUCUUCGUCCAGCUGGGCCGCAUGGUCGGCCUGCUGGGCGUGGCCGUGAGGGAGGACCGGCUGCUCUGCGUGGAGAGCCAGAAGGACGGCAACUUCAAGCGCUCGGGGCUCCGGAAGCUCGAGUACGACCCCUACACGGCCGACAUGCAAAAGGCCAUCUCCGCCUACAUCAAGAUGGUGGACGCGGCCCUCAAAGAGAGGAACCUCACGGGUGUCCCCGACGACUACUACCCGAGAUGAUGUGCCCGCACGGGGGGCGGAGGGCUGGGCGUCCUGACCAAGCAGGCCGUGGGGACCCCGGACCCCUGGCGACCCCCUCGGACCUGUCCUCUCUUUGGUUUGGGGACCAUGUUUGCCUUCAGUGAGUUUCCUGCAUGACAAAGGAGGCUCCAGGGAAGAGAUUGUCCCGGCACUACGUCCCCCCUUGGAGAUGCAGGGCAACUGGUUUGGGGGGCAGUUCCAGCCACAUGGACCCUUUUCUGUCCCCCACGUCCCUGUCUCCACCACCCCGGUUCCGCUUGUGGGAAGGAGGGCUCGUGAGUCUCACGGAGACCAGUGGAUGUCCCACCGCAGUUGUUGAGGAUCUUGAUGCCAGAGCUCAGGGGGGUGAUGUCAAAACGUGGCCCCAGACACUUGUCCUUUCUGGCCUGAGCUUUUGUAGCUCCUUCUCGUCUCCACGCAGGACGCACUGGCACUGACGCCUACCGCGGGCCACCUUCUGAUUUAAAGAAAGAUUUCCAGGAGGGUCUCCGGGGCCUCAGGUCUCUGACAUUCUGGGUGGGAUGGGAGGUCAUGGCGCUCCCGGUGGGUGAAGGGGCACCACCACGUGGGGUCGCUGGCAUCCUGAGCCCACCCCCAGCCCAGGGGGCUUCUGAGAAACAAGCUGGUUGCCUCUUCCCACGCUGUGUCCUGGUAACCUUGGGGUCCUAGAUCCCACUUCCAGAGAACCUCAAGCACCAACAGUUAGCCCAUGAGGGUGGUCACAUGCCACGUGCAGAAUCUGCGUAAGCGUGAGAGCCCCAGGAACACAACUCGCCACUGUGGGUCCAACACGUUGGUCUCACACUGCCCUACGGACAGCUACCAGUGCGUCCUUGCUGUCCAGGUGAGAGAGCAAGAGUGCUCCAGAUCGGGGGGAACCGUGCCCAAAGUGGACCUCCGCUACCUUCCCAGACCAUCAGCCUCCUUUUGACAUAGUCCAACAGGGCCAGCUUCCCCCUUGGGGACCCUUUAAGGGAUGGGGUGAAUGGGAUGUCUCCUCAUUUCCGUACACACACUGCUCUCUGGAGGCCGAGACAGCAAACCAAAGGAUUUCAGAGGACCUGAGUCAUUGAACAUUUAUCUUAAAAGGCAUUGAUCCAGGUUCCCACCUCGUCCCCCACCCCGGAUACCGGUGGCUUCCCAUCUGGCCACACCUGCACCCUCCCCAAUCACGUAGACGCAAAAGCCAUAGGGCACGGCCUCUUUGCUAUUCCGCCUGGGGCAGCCUCCCUAAGCAGGCCCCCUGAAGCCUCGGGGUGCAGGUGAACGCUCAUCCCAAGUAGCAAAGAGACUGUGGAAAAGGCGAGUGUAAAGAGAUAUAUUUUUUUAAGAGGAAUAUAAUUAAUACAUUCCGCCCCUUUGGAACCUGGUUCUGCAGAAGGAAGGCCACAGGGAUUGGACUGGUGGGUCCCUCCCCUGACUCCCUCAUCUGCAGGAUUGGGGCCACCCCAGGGCCCACCCAGGGGGCUCUGAAUGUAUUUUGUACCGUGUUUAUCCCCGCCCCCUGCCACCCCAGGCUGAUUUCUAGUCGUCUUUCGCAAAGCAGUGGAGAGCUCGGCCUCCCCUCCCACUUGGAGGUCGGCUCUCUCUGGGGGACUCUUGGUCCAGGACCUGGGCCAGUUCUUUCCUGGUGGUCGCCUCUGGCCACGAGUUUCUGUCUGAAGAUUCCUCAGGUGAACACCAUCAUUAAAUGCGAGUUUUGUUGACAAUUGUA